AUGGGAAAGCACGAUUGUGCGCAUGAGGACAGUGACUCCGAGGAAUCCGAUUUGUGCCUAGAGGAGCAGGAGCCGCUGUUCUCAAUGAGAGAACCUGAUCAUGAUCCGUGCUACGAAUCAACAGGAAGGCCUGUUAGAUGUGUGCCUGAGUUUAUAAAUGCGGCUUUUGGUAAGCCAGUCAUCGCUUCCAGCACUUGUGGAAUGAAUGGACCUUCAAGAUUUUGUAUGGUCAACGAAGGAAGUGAUGGCGUCGUGCGAGAAACAUGUGACAUAUGUGAUGCCUCAAAGCCUUCCCAGGCUCAUCCUGCAUCGCUUAUCACUGAUUUUAAUUCGCCCGGAAAUAUGACUUGUUGGGUUUCCGAACCAUCGUACAAAUCUCACAACGUUUCGCUUACUUUGUCUCUGGGGAAGAAAUUCGAACUCACGUACAUAUCCAUGUAUUUCUGCUCACGUCUGCCUGAUUCCAUGGCAUUGUACAAGUCAACGGAUCACGGAAAAACAUGGAUACCCUUCCAAUAUUACUCGUCUGAUUGUCGAUCCAUAUUUGGAAGAGCCCCAGACGUGGUCAUAACUAAGCACAACGAGCAGGAAGCGUUGUGCAGCAACUCACACAAUUUGGCUCCAAGAGCGAAUCGAAUCGCGUUUCCGUUUCUGGAGAAUCGUCCAUCUGCGGUAUUUUUCGAAUCAUCCCCUGUGCUACAAGACUGGGUAACAGCAACAGAUAUCCGUGUUCUAUUCACUCGCAUGGAAUCGAGCCAGGAAGCGUUGUGCAGCAACUCACACAAUUUGGCUCCAAGAGCGAAUCGAAUCGCGUUUCCGUUUCUGGAGAAUCGUCCAUCUGCGGUAUUUUUCGAAUCAUCCCCUGUGCUACAAGACUGGGUAACAGCAACAGAUAUCCGUGUUCUAUUCACUCGCAUGGAAUCGAGCCAGACGGAUUUAUUUGGCGUAUCCAAUGAUGUUAACGAUUUGUCGAACAAUACUGCCGGCGGUAACGCCAGCGAAGGUUUCUUCUAUGCAGUGGGAGAGCUGGCUGUUGGCGGUAGAUGUAAGUGUAAUGGUCACGCCAGUCGUUGCAUAUUCGACAAGAUGGGCAAAUUCACCUGUGAUUGCAAGCAUAAUACGGCUGGCACUGAAUGUGAAACGUGUAAACCUUUUCAUUUCGAUCGGCCAUGGGGACGAGCCACAUCUCAAUCGGCAAAUGCAUGCGUAGCAUGUAACUGCAAUAUGCACGCAAAGAGGUGUCGUUUUGACCAGGAACUUUACCGACUCAGCGAGAAUAGAAGCGGAGGAGUAUGCGUGAACUGUCGCCACAAUACGAUUGGUCGUAAUUGCCAUCUGUGCAAAGCAGGAUAUUUCCGAGAUGCUACCAAGCCCAUAACGAAUAAAAGAGCUUGCAAA